AUGUGGGAGGCCACAUAUGCCCCUUUUGGGACGGCCAAGAUCAAAAUCCAUGCAGUGCAUCUGGCAGCAAGCCUCGGCAGUGUGGAGGUUCUGCAGUGGCUUCGGAGUCGGUGCUCACCUGACGUGCUGAUCCGGCGGGCCGUUCUUGAAACAUCAGUUGAAAGCAAAGUUGUAUGUCGUGAUCAUUACACGCCCUUGCUGUGCGCCCUUUGGAUGAGUCAAGUGGAGACGGUGAUGUGGAUAUUGGAAUCCGCACCGGACAGUGCCACAAUUCGGAAUGCUGAUGAAAUGGCGGCGCUCCACAUUCUGGCGAACAUCGGCUUGCCGGACGUACCUGAAGCCAAGAGAAGCUUAGCGUUCGAGCGGAUUGCUGAAGCUCUGGUGACUCGAAAAGCGGACCUCGCUGCAAAAGUGGGCAGCUUGAAGAAUCGCAAGGAUCCUGCAGCAGAAAUCGUGCGAAACAAGACCGCUCUGGAAAUUGCAGUGGACAAGCGAUGUGCGUUUCCAAAGCAGAUGCUUCAUUUGCUGACGCAGUCAUAUCACUAUCCCAAGCGGAGCAGACUUUUCAUAGAAGUGAAUCUGAUUGCCAAGGCCAAUCCAGCAGCUGCGGUUCAGCUCGUAGGCAGAAUAAAGAAGCGAGCUCCCGGCCAGCUCGAAGAAAACCUUCGUCAAGAAGUUUUGGAGUAUGUCAGAGAUGCGAACGACCAUGGUCGAGAAGGCCACAUGGAGAUGUUCAUUGAGACGCUCAAGAGAUCCCCAAUAGCGGGUGCCAAGUUGCUGGAACUUCUCAUGGGCGAGCCCAAGGUUGCAGAUGCCCGCAGGUAUGGCCUUCCACUUUUUACGGUGCUGCCAAACAGGGAGAUGCAGCUGGCGGCAGAUGUUUCAGUUAUCGAAGGUCAGGACAGAUUAUCCCGCGUCUGCAAGCAGGUUGCCCUGGCCAAGGCUUCAUUUCUAGUUCAUGCAAUGGGUUUUGCAGACACCGAAGCGUGUGGUCUUCCCUUGGCAAAUGCUUCGGUGGCAACUAGGGUACUUCUACAGCGAUUUGCUCAUGGUCCUCAAGACAAGACGGCCUGGAGUCGCCAGCAGGACUGGGCCCAAGUGUUGCUUGCCCAGUAUAUGCGGGCUACCACAGCCCAGCCGAACAGCUCAAGUGCUGCUGCGGUGGAAGGUGUGGCUGCAAACCAAGAAGGGGACUUGGCGAUAUUUCUAGUUUCUUUGGCAACGAACUGUGGGGUCGUGACGUUGGCCGUGCUCGGGCUGAGUCUAUUCCGUGUCUUGCUGCCAUUAGUCUACCAGCGUUCCAAGUCGCGUGACCUCAGCUCAGCGGCAGAGGAUGCAGGGCUUAAAUCGAGACGUAGAAGGGAAAUGCCACAGCGCUCUUGCACCGGCUGUGAAUGGUUAAUGAAGAGCUGGAAUGCAUCGACAGAGGAAGUUGCUGAUGUCGCAGGAUUGGAUGCCGCGAUGCAUUGCGAAUUUCUAGAUCUUGGCAUGCGCUUGUGUAUGAUGGUGGGUUUUCCAUGCUUCGUCGUACUUUGCCCACUGCAUUUUCUGCUUGGCGGCGAUGCUGCGGGUGCUGACCAACUCAGCAAGCUUGGCAUGGCCAACGUGAUGCAUGGAUCAUGGCUGUGCUGGCUGCAUGCCUUUUUUGUUUGGUAUGUUGUUGUCAUCACGCACGCGCAAGUACAUCUUGCACAAAGCCGGUUUAUGCCACUCCGCAUGCGAUGGCUGCAGACAUCUCCGGUCCCCAAUGCCACGACAGUCCUCGUGCGAGGCAUCCCAGAGACUUUGCUCACCGGGGAUGCCCUUCGCAGAUUCUUUGAUGAUGGAGUCUUUGGCUACCAGGCUGUGAAGCGCAUCGAGUUCAUCAAGGAUACUGGUGAGCUUUUGUACUGGAAAAAUGUUGCAGACACUGGGCAGGGGUCGUGGCGAACGGGCACUGGCCGUGUACUUCAGGGCCAGGAGCUCCAAGCUGUGGCUGCCAGCACGGUUGACACGCGCAGAAAGCAGCUGAUCCGCUCCAGUGACAGAAAUUCCUCAAAUGCUUUCGUCACUUUCCAUCAGCAGCGUGAAGCCGUGGUCGCUCAGAAGUUACUGGCUGAGGAGGAUAAUGAUGGCAUCCGGGCAGAAGCUGCGCCCGACCCAGGUGAGGUACUUUGGAGUGACCUUCUUCUGGACCCAGGAAGCCAGGCGAUCAAGGAACUGAUCGGCUACUUCCUCAUCUUCCUUGUGUUCUGGGGUUUCAUGCCACUUGUUGUGUUCAUUCAGUCAAUUGCAAACCUGCACACACUGGAGAACAUUCAGUUCUUCAAAACCCUUGUGGACAACUUUCCCGCGCUGGCGACCUUGUGGAACGGCUUGAUGGCAUCUUUUGCACUCUCCGUGGCUAUGAGUUUCCUUCCCUCGAUGCUAAUGGCAAUCUUCGCUUACUUCUUUGUUUUCACAGCAGAGGUGGAGCGACAGCAUCGCCUGCAGGUGUGGUACUUCUACUUUCUAUGUGUGUUCGUUCUCCUCGUCACGGCCAUUGGCUCGUCGAUACUUGCAACCGGCGAAUACCUUGCAAAGCAUCCCUUCGAUGCACCAAGCCUUCUGGCAAAGAAUAUGCCUCAGAGCACGCACUUCUACCUGAACUUCAUUCCAAUGCAGAUGGCUGCGUAUGCCACAGCGGCUAUGAGGCUGCCCCAGCUUGCCAAAUACGUGGCCUUCCGUAUGUUUCUCAGCCCUUUAGAUGCGAAGUUCCGAAUCGAACCUGAAGACCAGGCGUACUUCGGAAUCGGAUCUCGGUCUGCUCGCGCAGCGCUACAGCUGGUCACCAUCCUGACCUUCUGCACUCUUUCCCCUUUGAUCUCACUCCUCGGCUUUGUUAUGUUUGCCGUAUGUCGCGCAAUGCAUGGCUUUCUGUUCAUGGAGGUAGAGUCGACGAAGUCAGAUUUGGGCGGCGUGUUUUGGGUGACGAGCCUCCGACAAAUUCUGCAGGGCUUAUCUAUCUUUGUCCUUCUUAUGACAGGUGUCCUUGCCGAGCGCUCUGGCGGCUGCGUGCCAGGUGCAGUGGCAGCAAGCAGUAUCGUCUUCGUGUAUUGGUCAAACGUCACAUUUCGCCGACGAUACCGCUGGCAGCAUCGGUUGACGCUUCUUUGUUUGUUUCUCUUCGGUGACCGUGUGAACACCGCGCGAGCCAAAGUGCUUCUGGCGGUCAAUCUUCUUCUGAGAUGCCUGGCUAUCAUUGCGGAGCUGCGUGUGAUACAGCCGGUGGGGCCAUUGAUUAUCGCCGUUUUCCAGUCGUUUGCGCCCAUGAGUGGAAUGUUCGCUUUCAUGGGUAUGAUGUUUGUCACAUUCGCCCUGACUUUUCUAACGUUGAAGGAUGAGGAUCGAAGUGCUGUCUAUGUCCUGCUUAAUCUCUACCAAGCCUUAUUCCUGACAGACAGUGAUGGUGCGGAGAGCAUAUCCGGCAUCGACAUUGGUCACCAACAGACCCUGGAUUUUGGUGUUGAGAUGUACACCGGCGACGGCAGCGAGCUGUUGCUGACGGUUACCACAUCUCUAAUGCUUUUUGCAACGUCAAUCUUCUCAUUGGUGCUUCUGAAUUUGACCAUUGGCAUGUACACAAAGUAUUAUGAGCUGCAGGAGCCCCUGGCUCGGUUGGCGUUUCAGCAAUGUCGCGCAAGGUUUUGUGUGCGCUUCAUGUUGAGACCAUCGGUGCCGCGAAAGUGGCUGUCGGGAAGGAAGCUUGAAGCAUCAAAAUGGAAGACCUGUUUGGGUGCUUUGCCCUUUGUGGUGAUGUUUUUGGUGGCCACCUGUCACGUUCGUGAUGUGUACCUGGGCGGGCUUUCACUGUCUGCGGCGCUUCUUGUAGUGCAGGCAGCGCUUCUGAUCAGCGUCAGCGAUUUGGAUUCGCGGCACAGGUACAUGUGGGUAAGCUAUCGCUCUGAUUACUCAGAGAAUUUUUACAUGAACCAGGACGUUGAGAUUACACAGCUGAAGUCCGAGCUGCAUGCCGCGGAGCGCAGACAGUCUGAAGAAAUUGCCUCGCUGGCUGGAGAUGUGAGGAGGCUGGAGCAACAAGUGAAAACUUACAACGACCUCCUUCGUGGCAAG